GAGUACUUAUUAUCAUUGAAUGUGAAGAAUUUAUCGAAAAACACAUUUUUUUGGUCUUUUCCUUUUUUUUUAUCUCCCCUCCUCUCUUCUCUCUCUUUCAAAUCUACAGAGUGCUCCGUAUUUGUGUAUUAUUUACUUAUCCUAAUUUCUCUCGGUUGCUCCAAAAACGGCCACUUCGUCAUUGAUCCCGAAUUCACAUCGGCCUACCAUCUCGGCAUCAUAUUACCUCAAAUUGCUCUGUGUUAGACUUUCUCAUUUGGAGAUAGCUGCCUCUCAAAUUAUAGUACAAUGACAGACCAGAACUCCUCCACAAACCCAGUCACCAUCGUGGUUGAGCAUUUGGACCCUGAAUUGGGGGCUUGGUCGGCCUUGGAAUAUGGCUGCAUCGCUCGCGAAUCGCAUGCGGCUGGCAGCCGAUUUCUCCUUAGUUCAGUGCCCACCUCCCUGCAGAUGCCAGAAGAGUUGGCCGCGACAGAAGGGUUAAAAGUCGAGCACCGCAGCAUUGAAGAGAUUUUUGCGGAUCGAAAGUCUAAGGUUUGUCUGUUAGACCCCGCGGCUCAGGCUGAACUGAGCCCCGCCGAUGGAGAAAUUUUUGAAGUGUUCCUUUUCGGGGGCAUCCUUGGCGAUCAUCCUCCGCGAGAUCGCACGUCCGAAUUGAGAAAGAAGGGUUAUGCUGGAAGACGACUCGGUCCCAAACAGAUGACCACUGAUACAGCCGUGCGCGUCACCCGCAUGGUUGUGCAUGAGAAAGUACCCCUAGAGAAGAUCCAGUAUAUCGACCACCCGGAGAUUCUAAUCAGUGAGCAUGAACGAACUGAAAUGCCCUUCCGCUACGUGAAAGGUGAUGAUGGACAACCUAUCAUGCCUCAGGGGAUGGUUGAUCUUAUCAAAAAGGACGCCGACCAGGGCAUUGAUGAUCUUUUCUGAUCUGGGUUGGAGAGUCCUCUACAAGGUGUAUAAGGAGGGGAAGAGUAAGGGAGGGACAAGAGGUUGAGC